CUGAGGGAUGAAGUGGAUGGGCUUCCCUCAUUUGGAGAAAGCAGGUAGAUGGGUCCCUUUCAGUUUAGAGCAAGAAGUGAAAAUAGAUUACACUCAAUUCGAAGGAAGAGGUGGGAUCAUUUACCUUUAGUUGGAGGAAAAAGAGGGACGGGUGCCCCUAAUUCUGGGAAAAGGAUGGGAUGACUCAGUUUGGCGGCGAGGUAGAACGUUACCCUCAAUUUUGGGGAAGAACGGAGAUGGGUUGCCCUUCAGCUUGAAUGAAAAGUGGAAACGGUCCUUUUCAGUUUGGGGCGAGAUAAGCCGAAUGUCCCCUCAGGUUUGGGGAAGAGGUUGGGUGGAUCCCUCUUAGUUUGAAGGGAAUCGAUAGACUGGGGUUUCCAUAGUUUAGGGAAGAAGAUACGUUUCCUUCAUUGUCUCAUGGAAAAGGUGACGUCUCUGGUCCCUGAGAGCUGCCUGCUGAUUUUGCUGGGACUGGUGCUGGGGGGCAUUGUCUUGGCUGUGGCCAAGAAAGCUGAAUACCAGCUGGAGCCAGGCACCUUCUUCCUCUUCCUGUUGCCUCCUAUCGUGCUGGACUCGGGCUAUUUCAUGCCUAGCCGGCUGUUCUUUGACAACCUGGGUGCCAUCCUCACCUACGCUGUGGUGGGCACACUCUGGAAUGCCUUCACGACAGGUGCUGCCCUCUGGGGCCUGCAGCAGGCUGGACUUGUGGCCCCUAGAGUGCAGGCUGGCUUGCUGGACUUCCUGCUGUUCGGGAGCCUCAUCUCAGCAGUGGACCCCGUGGCCGUGCUGGCUGUCUUUGAGGAGGUGCACGUCAACGAGACCCUCUUUAUCAUCGUCUUCGGCGAGUCCCUGCUCAAUGAUGCAGUUACUGUGGUGCUGUACAAGGUCUGCAACUCUUUUGUGGAGAUGGGCUCUGCCAACGUGCAGGCCACUGACUACCUGAAGGGAGUCGCCUCCUUGUUUGUGGUCAGUCUGGGCGGGGCAGCCGUGGGCUUAGUCUUUGCCUUCCUCCUGGCCCUGACCACACGCUUCACCAAGCGGGUCCGCAUCAUCGAGCCUCUGCUGGUCUUCCUCCUCGCCUACGCAGCCUACCUUACUGCUGAAAUGGCCUCGCUCUCCGCCAUUCUUGCGGUGACUAUGUGUGGCCUGGGCUGUAAGAAGUACGUGGAGGCCAACAUCUCCCAUAAGUCCCGCACAGCUGUCAAGUACACAAUGAAGACUCUAGCCAGCUGCGCUGAGACCAUCAUCUUCAUGCUGCUUGGCAUCUCGGCCGUGGACUCUUCCAAGUGGGCCUGGGACUCUGGGCUGGUGCUGGGCACCCUCUUCUUCAUCCUGUUCUUCCGAGCCCUCGGCGUAGUCCUGCAGACGUGGGUGCUGAAUCAGUUCCGGCUGGUCCCUCUGGACAAGAUUGACCAGGUGGUGAUGUCCUAUGGGGGCCUGCGGGGGGCUGUGGCCUUCGCUCUCGUCAUCCUCCUGGACAGGACCAAGAUCCCUGCCAAGGACUACUUUGUAGCCACCACUAUUGUGGUGGUCUUCUUCACAGUCAUCGUGCAGGGCCUGACCAUCAAGCCACUGGUCAAGUGGCUGAAGGUGAAGAGGAGUGAGCAUCACAAACCCACCCUGAACCAGGAGCUGCAUGAGCACACUUUUGACCACAUUCUGGCUGCAGUGGAGGACGUUGUGGGGCACCAUGGCUAUCACUACUGGAGGGACAGGUGGGAGCAGUUUGAUAAGAAGUACCUGAGUCAGCUGUUGAUGCGGCGGUCAGCCUACCGCAUCCGGGACCAGAUUUGGGAUGUGUACUACAGACUCAACAUCCGGGAUGCCAUCAGCUUCGUGGACCAGGGAGGCCACGUCUUGUCCUCCACCGGGCUCACUCUGCCCUCUAUGCCCAGCCGCAAUUCUGUGGCAGAGACCUCUGUCACCAACCUGCUGAGGGAGAGUGGCAGUGGAGCAUGUCUGGAUCUGCAGGUGAUUGACACAGUACGCAGCGGCCGGGACCGUGAGGAUGCUGUGAUGCACCACCUGCUCUGUGGAGGCCUCUACAAACCUCGCUACAGGUACAAAGCCAGCUGCAGCCGCCACUUCAUCUCUGAGGAUGCGCAGGAGCGCCAGGACAAGGAGGUCUUCCAGCAGAACAUGAAGCGGCGGCUGGAGUCCUUUAAGUCCACCAAGCACAACAUCUGCUUCACCAAGAGCAAGCCACGACCCCGCAAGGCCGGCCGCAAGAAGAAGGAUGGCAUGGCUAACACGGAGGCUACAAAUGGGAAACCUCCUCGAGACCUGGGCUUCCAGGACACAGCUGCUGUGAUAUUAGCCGUAGAGUCUGAGGAGGAGGAGGACAGUGACAGUUCGGAGACAGAGAAGGAGGACGAUGAAGGGAUCAUCUUUGUGGCUCGGGCUACCAGUGAGGUUCUCCAAGAGGGCAAAGUUUCAGGGAGCCUUGAGGUGUGCCCAAGCCCACGCAUCAUCCCCCCCUCCCCAACCUGUGCAGAGAAGGAGCUGCCCUGGAAGAGUGGGCAGGGGGACCUGGCAGUCUACGUGUCCUCAGAGACCACCAAGAUUGUGCCCGUGGACAUGCAGACAGGCUGGAACCAGAGCAUCUCGUCCCUGGAGAGCCUGGCAUCCCCGCCCUGUACCCAGGCCCCAGCUAUGACCCGCCUGCCUCCCCGCUCACUGGUCACUGAAGAGCCCCAGGCCCCUCUCAACCUGCCUUCUGAUCUACGCCCUAGCUUUGCCUUUCCCCCGAGCCUGGCCAAGGCUGGCCGCUCUCACAGCGAGAGCAGCGCUGACAUCCCCCAGCAGCAGGAGCUGCAGCCCCUCAUGGGACACGAGGACCACACUCAUCUCAGCCCAGGCACCGCCAACUCCCACUGGUGCAUCCAGUUCAACAGAGGUGGCCGGCUGUAGCCCAGGGACUCGAGGAGGAGCAGGGGGCCGGAGCCCCUGUGGAAACCUUCCCUGCACAAUGGGCAGAGGAGCCCACUCA